ACUUACCGCAGGAGAGUUUUUUUGAAAAGGUUCGAAUUUGGAGCAAUUGUUCGCGCGAUAGUAAAUUUCUAGCGCGUGGUCUUGUUUGUGCUCAAAACUUUUGAGCUUGGAAAACAAAAGAAUCUAACCUGUCCAACAAAAAUAUGAGGACAAACACGUGGAGAGGUGUGUGUUUGUUGUUCAGUGAAAUUGGAAUCAAACUGUAAAAAUUAACAUCGGUGACAAACAUGGAAGAUAAUAAGCCUGGUUCAAAGAUCGUAAUAGAUCUUGACGAACAAGCGGAUAAGUAUGACAGUUGCAAUGCGUUUGUCUUGCCCGCUGGGAAGAAGAAAAAGACAACGAAACAGAAAGAGAAAUUAGUAAAGAAAACUCCGUUGUUAUCAAAGAAACGCAGGAAACAACUGGAAAAAGUAGUGGAGCGAAAGAAAAAGAAGUUGCAGAGAGCAACGUUAUUAGAAAACUUGGCAAAAGCGCAGGCCGCUCCAACUGAAUUGCAACAAUAUGUGAGUUUGAGAUCUGUGCAGAAUAAAGGUUUGAAACGUUAUUUUCGAGAAGUAGAGGCACUUGCUUCGGUAAAAAAUAAGAUCGACGAAAGAGAAGAUGGCGAUACGAUAGAAACAGUAGCUAAUUCUAUUAAGGGAAGCAAAAAGAGAAGAUUAGCUAUUGUAAACAACGCAAGACGGAACGAAGAUACGUCAGAUCAAGAUGUCGUUGGGUUUGAAUCUAGUGACAGUGGCGGUGAUAGCGGCAGCGAAAAUGACAACGAAGAUGAUGAGAACGAAGUACCUGAUGAGGUUCCAGAUAAAUGUGUUCACACCUCUGACUCAGUAAAUACAGUAAAUUGCGAGGAAAACGAGAGUUUGCCGCGAGAUGAAGAAAAACUAACUCAAGCCAAAGUUCCUGAAAAGUCGGAAAAACCAGUUGAAAAAGUGCAACAUCGGACUGCUGUUCCUAAAGUUUCCACACCUGCUGUCUUUGUGUCUGUCAAUAGGAAACCGGAGAUACAAGCAGCCAGACUGAAACUACCCGUUGUUGCGGAGGAGCAAGUUAUAGUCGAGACAAUAAACGAAAAUCCCGUGGUUAUAAUUACCGGAGAGACCGGAAGUGGAAAGACUACGCAAGUACCCCAGUUUUUAUACGAAGCGGGUUAUGCUCAGAACAAAUUGAUCGGCAUAACCGAACCGAGAAGAGUGGCAGCGAUGUCGAUGAGCAAACGCGUGGCUGAGGAAAUGAAUCUAAGCGAGAAAGAGGUCUCAUAUCUGAUUCGUUUCGAGGGAAAUGUUACGGAUGAAACAAAAAUCAAGUUUAUGACAGACGGUGUUUUGCUGAAGGAGAUUCAAAGUGAUUUCCUGUUGCAAAAAUAUUCCGUUAUUAUACUGGACGAAGCACACGAACGCAGCGUGCAUACCGAUAUCCUGAUCGGUCUUUUAUCGAGGAUUGUUCCGCUUCGAAGUAAACGUAACGAUCCUUUGAAGAUGAUAAUUAUGUCGGCUACGUUGCGCGUGGAAGAAUUUGUGGAGAACACCAGACUGUUUAAAGUAAAACCGCCGGUAAUCACAGUCGAAACCCGACAGUUUCCCGUGACAAUACAUUUUAAUCGGAGAACUAGCGACGAUUAUGUCACCGAGGCGUUGCGCAAAGCGAUCAAAAUACAUACUCGUCUUCCUGACGGCGGUAUAUUAAUAUUUUUAACAGGUCAGAGAGAGGUGCUAACGCUUGUGCGCAAAUUGCGCAAGGCGUUUCCUUUGAAAAAGGACAAACAUCCUCGUGUUGCGCCGAAGAAAAACGCGAAGAAAACCGAGGCGGAAGAAAAAACGGACGAAGAAGACAGCGAGAAAAACGAUUCCGACGAUGAGUUCGAUGCCGAGAAAGCGUUACGUCGCAACAAACAGAGGCACAAGAAGCAGAUCGUGCUCCCGACUAUUAAUCUUGAUGAUUAUUCUGUAAAUUUUACCGACGACACGCACGAGGAUUUGUUCGAUGCGCAAGACGAGGAAGGCAAUUUAGACGAGGACGAGGAUGAGGACGAAGAUGUUAUCGACUUCAAAGGAUUGUCGAGUGCUCAACCGUUAUGGGUUUUACCUCUCUAUUCUCUUUUACCCAGCAAUAAACAAGCUAAGGUAUUUGAGACUCCGCCAGAAGGAUGUCGUCUGUGCGUGGUGUCUACUAAUGUCGCGGAAACCUCCUUGACCAUACCCAACAUCAGGUACGUGAUAGAUAGCGGGCGUUGUAAAACAAGAUUGUACGACAAGGUGACGAGUGUCAGCACGUAUCACAUUUGUUACGCGAGCAAAGCGUCGGCCAGUCAACGAGCCGGCAGAGCUGGCAGAACUCAACCCGGUCAUUGCUACAGAUUAUACUCAUCGGCUGUAUACAACGAUCAAUUCGAACAAUACGGUGAGUCGGAGAUUCAGAGGAAGCCGGUGGACGACUUGUUGUUGCAGAUGAAAGCGAUGAAUAUAGACAAAGUUGUAAAUUUCCCAUUUCCCACGCCGCCAAAUAGCGUGCAAUUGAAAUCUGCGGAAAAACGGCUCACAAUACUCGGCGCUUUGCAGCAACCUCCGAAGAAGCAAGAAGAGAUGUAUUGCGCGAAAAUAACGCCGCUUGGACGUAGCAUUUCCGCGUUUCCGGUUGCUCCGCGUUACGGCAAAAUGCUGGCACUGUCGCAUCAGUACAACUUGUUGAAAUACACGAUAUGUAUGGUGGCGGCUCUCAGUAUCCAGGAAGUUCUAGUAGAGGCGCUGAGCAGGGAAGAUUCGACUAAAAGUAAAUGGCUGCAGAUACGUCGUCAUUGGGCUGGCGUCGGCAAUAGCUUGCUUGUUGGUGAUCCUAUGGUCUUGAUAAAAGCGAUCGGAGCAGCCGAAUAUGCGGGGUCCAAGGGACAAUUGUUGUCUUUUUGCGAAGAAAACGGAUUGAGACACAAAGCUGUUGUCGAAAUCAGAAAACUGAGACAACAACUCACUAAUGAAAUCAAUUUAAAUAUACCGAAUCUGAACUUGACAAUCGAUCCGAAAAUGUCGCCGCCAACUGAUAUAGAAGCGAAAUUAUUGCGCCAAAUACUUCUCGCUGGUAUGGCGGAUCAGGUAGCAAAAAAGGUUUCAUUGGACGAGGUGAAAGAGGAUCAGGACAAACACAAGUGGAAACACGCUUACAGGACACCAGAAAUGGAGGAACCUGUCUUUAUGCACUCCUCAUGCGUCCUACGAAAAACCAGUCCGGAAUGGGUGGUUUAUAGCGAAAUAUAUGAGACAAAUAAAAUGUACAUGCGAGGCGUCACAGCAAUAGAGCCUGAAUGGUUGCCGAAAUUUGCGCCUACGUUGUGCUCCCUCAGCGAGCCAUUGACUGAUCCACCGCCAAGAUACGAUUGCGAAUCUGGUAAAAUCAUGUGUCGUGUAACCGGCACGUUCGGAAAAGCCGGAUGGGAAUUACCAACAAUGGAUGUGGAAUAUCCGUUGACGGUGGAAGGGGCCAAGUGGUUCGCGUAUUUCUUCUUAGAAGGUCAAAUAUGUCCGAAACUGAAACGAUUUGUACCGUCAUUACUGACGACACCCGGUAGCAUCACCAAAUCAUGGGCCAAGCUGAUACCACGCACUCAAGCGAUAACGCAGGCGUUAUUGUCGCGCGGAAUUAUGUCCAAAGAUAAACUCAUAGAAACUUGGAAUUUGGAUAAGAAAUUUUUGCUAUCAGCCUAUCAGAAGUGGUUACCGGAAUCGGCACACGCGGAAGUGGCGCUUUCGUGGCCACCUUUGUGACAAAACAAUAUCUUGUUGCGAGUUUUUGUUUUUGUAAUAUACAAAAUAAACCUAAAAUUUUUUAUAUAAAUUUGUUG